AUGGCAUCGAAUAGUGGAGUUAAUAAAAGCUCUACCAGUAACACCAAGGGCAACAAAUCUCACCUUCCCGAAAUGGUGGAACUAGCAGAAGGAGGCCGGCUGCCCCGUGGAUUAAUGGAAAGUGCAGAUGCACAGGCGUCUUUUUCGCAAAAGCCACUUCCAACAGACAACUCGUCACACACACACGAUGGCGGUCAGCUUGACGACAAUGGUCUGAUUGACCAAGCCAAUUCCCCACAACCAUCGCCUAGUCCAGUGGUGGAGUCUAUCGAGAUAGAUGACACCCCGAUGCAUGAUGCUGGAACCGGGUCCAGCUCAAGUGGUCACGAACGCCCUCCUGCGGCCGGUCAUUCACAUAAUCAAGAUGAUUUGUCUCCCAGUGCCCGAGGUACCACCGAGCCCGACGAGCCAGAGCUUCUAGCCACCCUUGAUCCCUCCAAUGAUGAGGAGGAAGGCGACGCUCUUAUAGAUGGUUGGGGAACCCUGCGAGGAUCAGCCUUUGUCAUUCUCCAGGGGGCGUCAACCAACCCAAUCAAUCUUGACGGAGAUGAGGCACCUCACAAUCCGGUUUCCUCUGGCGCUGCUGUGAACUCGAACACCAACGCCGUGCAGAACAUGCCCAACGUCGCGAUUGGCCAAAGAGCCAUACGCACGGAAGCGGAAUUCAUGGCGGAAUGGAAGGAAAAGAAGGGUUGGGAUGACUUGAAUGAUAAUCAGAGAGAAGCAUGCUUGACGGUGGCGAAAGCCAUGUAUGACCUAUACCGGGAUACGAUUGCCCAAAAUAUGGAACCCCAAGGCACGGUCAAUACUCCGAUUGGCCAACGACCAGGAGUAGCCGUCGCCGCCCAUUGA